GCUGGCAUGAAGGGCGCGCAAUUGCUAGUGUCGCCUCCAGAAGAGAUUGUCAAGACUCAGUCGUCAGGAGAGGCUGCUGAAGCGGCAAAAUCGAACAGUAGCAAAAUCGAGGACCUUGACACCUCCAACAAGGCGGCCAAAAAGAAGCGCAAACUGAACAAGAAGAACGAAGACACGGCCACUACCUCUAACGAGCAGUCAGCAGCAUCCGGACUUGCAGACGCAUCUUCAGAAGGCAUGAAAAUGGAGCCGCAGAUCUCCCUGAAGUGGGGGGAGCUCGCACUUCGGACACGUAGUCAUCGUGCCGUCAUUGUGUCCGUGACAAAAGACUGCCUGAUGGUCGAG